GGACGCGGCAAAUCUUGACGAUGGACGCGCGCGGUAGCAGCAUGGGCCCGGUCGAGCGCGAGGUCAUGGCGCUCAUCAUGCUCAUCGCCCAGGAAGCCAGCGCAACGAAGCUGGCCUUGCUCGAGGACCAGCUCGAGCGCCUGCCCGCGACGCCCACCGAGUACCUCUGGACGAGCUACGCCGUCGCCGUCGUCCACACCAUGCUGCAGGGCCGGUCAGUGUCGCCGCCGACGAUCGAGCGCGGACUCGGAGCGCUCUACAAGCUCUUUACACGCUGCAAGCUCGGGCCGCUCGAGACGACCCCGGACCUCUUCGUCGCCAUGAUCAAGACGUUGCUCGUCUACUUGCCGCCAUUAGAGAACCCGAACGCAUCGAGCGUCCUCACCGAAGACGGGCGUAUGUGUAUCGUGCAAUGCAUCGGUCUCCUUGCGUCCCGAACUGCGCCGGCAUCCUUCUUUACGCUCCCGACCGACGAGCUCAUCGAGGUGGCCUUUCUGACGGUAGCGUACUUGUUGCAGCAAGCCGAGAAGGAAGUCGCGCGCGCAUCGCGCGUCCAAGCGCUCGACUCGCUACUCGCACUCCUUCGGUCCAUUGACAACGUGGACGUCGUGGCGCUGCUCCUUCCUGGUGUCGUCGCCAAGUUGCUCCAGCUCACCCACCACGCCGACUACAAGUGGGGCUCCAAAGUCCCGGCCAAAGCGCUCGAGUGCUUACGCGAGGUUCUCUUCCUGGGCUUGCGCGACAGUCGGUGGACACACCUCGUGUCGAAACCAGAGUUCACCUUGGCGGCAGCGCUGUCUCCAUUCCCCACAACAACAACAACAACGUCGUCGUCGGCGCCUCUGCCCAACACGUCCAAGCCCCAAGUCGACCGGUCCCGCGCCUGGCUCGAGACGACUCAAGUCAACAUGCAGAUCGCGCUCGACCUCAUUUGCCGCUCGCAGCGGCACCACGCCAAGCCGCGCGUGCGCAUCGCUCUCGUCGGCCUCUGCAGCGUCGUGGUCCGUGAUUGCCGCUGGUCGCUCGCACCAAGCUUCUUCUCGGCGUUUGAGGCGCUUUUGAGUUUGAGUUUGGACCCGAUCCUUGAUGUGCAAACCUCCGCACGGCAAGCCCUCGAGCAAUUCCACGCCGCCAUGAGCGACGACGAAGGUCUUUGGCUCCAGCGCCAUGCCACGGCACGCGUCGUCUCGCACUUGCGCGAUCUCGCGAAAAAGUGCGCGACCGACGUCGAGAUGGAGGCCGAGGCGUGCGCGACGCUGCAGCUCGUCCUCGCUUACGACCAGAGCACUUCCAUUGCUUUUGAUGCAGUGCUGCACGAGGUGCUGCGUGCGAUGACGACCGUUCUCCGCAUCGACCACGUGGACGCCCACGUGCUCGCCCACGAAAGCCGGUCUCGACCGACGGCGACGGUCACGUUUGCCUACUACCGCAAGCGGUUCGUGCACGUGCGCUCGGACGCCGCGGUUCGCUUGGCGACCCAAGUGCUUCGACGCAUCGGCGCCCGCGGCGCGACGCUGAUCUGGAUCGACCAUCUCAUGGCGCAGCUCCGCGACGAGUCGGAGCGCUCGACCGAGCUGCUUCUGGUCCUCAACCACUUUGUGCUCGGCGCUGCCCACAGUGGUGUCACGUCGCCGGCCGACAAGCCGUCCCUUUCGGUUCAGAACGUCGGGUACUUGCUCGACCAGCUCCUGCACCUGCCGCAGUGGACGACGCUGCCGAUGGCAACCCAUUUUGGAGGCCAACCGCUGCGUCUCCCGGGUGCGGCCUUUGAUUCGGAGGAAACGACGAGCGUUCUCUUGGAGAUUCUCGGCAGCUGCGCCGAAGCGCUCGAAUUGGCCUUCCAGCCGCUGCUCAUGCACGUGCUGUACCCGAUCGCGGAGCACUUGGCGGGCCACAGCAGCGUCGUGCACCAAGCGGCGACGGCGACGCUCCAGCGCCUGGCGUUCCACUGCGCGUACGACGACGUGCCGGCCUUGCUGCACGGCAACAUGGAUUACGUCAUCGACAUGCUCUGCGCCCGCCUCCAGCAGCUCGACGCGUACCCGCACACGCCGUUCGUCGUCGAGGGACUCUUGGCGCACGCCGGGUCGACACCGCUGCCGCUCUUGCACGACGCGGUUCAGAGCGUCCUGCGCAGCGUCGACCGCUACGUCUCGAGUGCCCACAGCGCCGGCCUCUUGCGCGUCAUGAAGGUCAUUGUGACGACGGCGCCGCCCAGCGAAGACACUUUGACCGAGACACCACCUCGUCCCUCCAAACUCGAUGCGUUCCUAAAGGAGAUGAAAACGCUCUUCGACCCGACCAUGGGCGUGCCCGAUGACGCGGCCAGCGAAGCGCAGCUCGAUGCGAUGCUCAAUGAGAACGACGACGACGACUCGGCUGUCCUCGAGCGCAAGAUGAAGGCUGCGAUGCCGGUGGAGCACGAGCCCGAGGCGGACGCGAGCGACGCCAUCAUGCGCGACCUUGUCAAGGACAUUCUUGUGCGGUCCUCGUACUUUAUGGCCGCCCCCGACGUGGCCACGAGCUGUUUGGCGAGCUCGGUGCUGGCCCACGCGGUGCUGCUUCUGCCGCUUAACGACCUCCGGCCCGUCGCCGCGCGCGUGUGGCCGGCCGUGCUCAAGCGCAUGGAAAGUCCCGCCAAGCCUGUGGUGCUCGCGGCACUGCACUGCCUCUCGGCCCUCGCGGCGCGCUGCGGCGACUUUCUCGCCGACCGGUUUGUGUCAGAGGCGUGGCCGGUCAUGCGCCCGCUCUUGCACGUCGUCGAUGCGUCGGCGAUGUUUCCGGUCGUGACGCGCCACGAUUUGACUAUGGCCGAUGGCGAGAUGAUGAGCUCGACGCAUUCGCUCACGCACCAGAUCCACGCGCAGUGCCUCGAGUGCUUGCGCCGCAUGUGCUCCGCGUCCUUGGCGUUCGAGUCGAUUCUAAUGGACGUGGCGCGCGUGACGUGUCCGAUGCUGCGCGCAUCGGCCAGUGCGUCGCUGCAAGAGGCCGCGCGCCGACUCUUCCUCGCGAUGGCGGCACUCAAUGGCGACGCGCUCUUCCCGCUGCUCGCCGACUUGGGGAGCUGGGCGUUGCCAGCACCACCGACUGAGGCGUUCCCAGCCUUCACGCCGACGGCCGUCAAGAACGUCAAACAUCCCGUCUCGACGUCAGCUUCCACCGCCGCGUACACGGCCAACGCGCGCGAGCUCCUGCGCUGCAUGCACGCGUAG